CUCAGUGUAGUGCUGUAGCUUAUGUUUAUCCGUCAUUAAACUUCAAUGUUAUUGUUUCGUUAGCUCUUAGAUUAUCAAUGUUUAAAUGUUAUUGAUGUUUGCCAGUUUAUAAUUAGAAACAAAACAGGAUCAAAUAUUGGAGGUUACUGGCAUUGCGUAGAAUAAAAACAAGAAAUAAAACUAGAAUUGAAGUUCAGCUUUCAACUCGGAGAAGAGGAGAGACCUGAUCUAACCAGUCGCAACAUGCUUUUCUUACAGAAAACAGAGUGUUUGGAAAAGGACGGAUGAAUUCUAACCAUUUCUAGAAGAUUAAGAAACCCAGAGAAUAUAAUCCAUAAAAAAGAAGUUUAAUUAGAAUCCCAGUACUCCAAUACUACCCAGAGAUGCCUGUGUUUGGUUCUCGAAUGGUUUGUGAGACCGCCAGCUAUAAAUAUAUUGAGGAGAGGGAUAGAGUCAAUGCUGAGAAGGAGGAGUGCCUUGGCAGUUGUAACUGUCAGUAUAUUUUAAGAUGGGAGAAAGAGAAAACAGAAAGGUAUGCUGCUCUUAGAGAUCUUAAAGAAAGGAUAAGACAAGGAUCAGUGAGUGGAUCUAGAUGCGGUUCAGUCCGGACUCCAGACCGACUCCGGGGUUCUAGUUCUCAAAACUCAAUCAGUGAAAUCUGGAGUAAUCAUGAGGGUUCUCCAGUACCCAGAGAGGGAGAAGACAGCUUCCCUGAUGUAUUUCAGGACGGGGAAGAGUUCGUCGGAUCAAACAGGUCUAGGAAAAACUCGAUUCUUUCCAGAAAAGGUUCCGUCAUCUCCAGGACAGGUUCUGCUGUAUCCAGGAAGGGUUCCGGCAUGUCUAGGAACGGAUCCCAUAGUUCCAAGAUUGGGAGUAAAACGUCCUCUAAGAGGAACUCUGUUCGUUGCGUUGACUCAGCUGAAACCAUUCCUGAGAACGGAGCAGGGAAUAGAGAAUUGGAUAAUGUUGAAAAAGAUCCUGAUAUAAACCCUAGAGGAAAGAUGGAAGAUGGUGAGACAGGAAAAUGUAUAUCAUGCUCGGUUAUGUAAAUAAUGUACUGUACGGUCAGAACAUUUGAUUAUGUAACUACUGUACUGCAACGGUCAGUACAUCUCGGUUAUGUAAUUUCUGAACUGUACAGUCAGUACAUCUCGGUUAUAUAAUUUCUGAACUGUACGGUCUGUACAUCUCGGUUAUGUAAUUACUGUACUUAAUUUAAUUGCAAUACUAUACGGUCAGUACAUCUUGAUUAUGUAAUUAUCGUGCAGUGUAGUAUCGAUAGUACAUCUCAGAAAAAUAAUUACUGUACUGAACGGUAAAUCUUGAUACGAUAUUCAUACAUCACAAAGAGAUCCAAUAAACAUGGAAAUCCUAGGACUUAAAUCCAUCCCCUGGAAUCUUUCAUAAACAUUUUAUUUAGUUUUGAUAAGUGAAAUUGUCAAUUACAAGUCAUAUGAAUUGGUUUAAAUACGAUAUUUAUUGUUUAAAUUACACCACAGACUACACAGACUGCUCAUACACUUUACCAGGAUAGGCUGAGCAGGCCUAU